GGUAGCCAAAGCUUGCAACUAGCACACGCCAGCAAUGGGAGAAAGGGCAAACCGAUGGUUUCGCGGAGAUCGGUUUUGGUUAAACAAAAUCCUUCAUGUCAAGCUGGAAGAAGACAAUGAUCUCCUCACACCACAUGAGCGAAGAGAAAUUCAAGAGGCCCGGCUGGCCGCUGAAGAGGAUCCUUUGCAGGAAGCGAGGUUUGAACUUCCGAUCUCAGAUGAACGAUCAGGUUUGGACGAUAGAAUCAACUCCGAUGUGCUUAGCUUAAGGGACCUCAAUGGAGCAGAACUGGAUCAUGAUCAGCUAAUGUCCGUCCUCCUCACCACCUUCGACAUGCCGGACCCCAACGGUGGCAUUGCUUGGAUCAAGAACGAACUCCGUCUCGAUCGAAGCGUGGAGGUGACACUGUGUUCGCAUCCUUGGCCAGGAAGGGCCACUCGUCGCGCGACGGUGUGGCAACAAUUCGUCGCUGAGUUUGAUGACGUCGUUUGGCAUUUUCCCGGUGAGCCACAGUUGUCCCAGCCCAAAGAUGACACAGAUGACACAGCAGAACCAGCAGAACCAGAGAACGGAACCUGCACCGUCCACGCAAAGCUGAUCUUAUUGGAGUUUCACAGUCGCCUCCGGGUGGUGAUCACCAGUGCCAAUUUGCUUGCGAGCCAUUGGGAGAUGAUGAACGAAGUUGUUUGGGUCCAGGAUUUUCCCAGAACCACUGGACCCAAUCUAUACAGACUACUGGAAGCAGAGUUUGGCUGCGAUUUGUCUCACUUUUUGGCUCAGACACUGGACGCAGCGCCAAAGCAGAGAAGGGCAGCUUGGCUUUCACGCCUUGCUGACUUUGACCUUCAAUCAAAUGCUCACUUGGUAUUGUCUCUACCAGGAAAGCACGAGCCAGCCAUUGCGCUGCAGCCUGGACAACUUGCUCUAAGGUUAUCAGUGUUUGAAGCAUCGAAGAAGCUUCCAGAGGCAGAGUUGGAGCUUUCCACCCUUUCAGGGUCAGCCUGGCUUAAGAAGGAACAGGGCACAUGGAGACUCUACGACUCGGAAGGCAAGACAUGUCUAUGCUUGGAUGAGAUAUCACAGAAGGCCUUAUUUGCAGCAGAGAAUCUGAAUAUGAAAACAGAUUUGUUUGUUCCUUUAGCUCAAACAGACAUCCAGAUUGUCACGACACUACUGCCAGAAGACGUGGAUUGGAAUUCUCCACCAGAGUUGCUCCUUCGCUUGAAAUUGAGUUACAAAAGACAAGACUUGAAGGAUCUCGAAGGUAGCUGGACUCAGACUGAUUUGGUUGAGUUCUUUGCCAUUUUGUUGAGCCAAUUGGAAGUGGAUUACGGGCUUUUUGCACUGCGACGACAUUUGAAUGAAGUGUGGGCACAAGCCGAAGAAGAAGACUAUGUUGCAAUCACAAGUAGUGUCAGCGCUUUGGAUGAGACGUGGUUCCGAGCUCUAGAUCAGUGCUGCGGACGUUUUGCUCAAGAUGCAGGCCCAAAGGUGGUGGUGCGUGAUACUCCCAGCAUCGAGUACAGCUGGCUGCACGCAUGGCAGGAUCGGCUGGUGCAGCAUCGCAGCCCUUCGCAUCGCAGCCCUUCGCAUUCACCUGGACGGGAGAAGAUCCCUAACCACAGCAAGCUCAUUACUCGCAUUUUCAAAGACAAGUCUACGGAAAAGCACUACGGAUGGGUCUACGUGGGAUCUCAUAACCUGACAUGUGCUGCAUGGGGUACAAUUUCAAGGAACGAGGAGGAAAUACUUUGGAGUAAUAACCGUGAACUGGGAAUUUUGCUUCAAGCGCCGUCAGCGGCCGCGCGGGCGGCUGCGCCGGCGGCUGCGCAAAACGCGUCCGUCUCGGCCGGUUUUGACAUCUCUGAAAUGCCGUGGCCAUUCAGCUUUCCAUUGCAUCGAGCAGAGCUUGAAGAGGGCGAUUUUCAAGCGGAAUCUGCAGAGAAUCAGGAUUAUCAUUGGAGUUGGUGGAACUCUGAUGACUGGUACUGGUGCUGGACUUCAAGUAGCUGGGUGAGAGGUAACUCAGAUGAGAACUGGCAGAACUGGGAAGUGGAUUCGGUGACUGAAGGCCAAGGAGAUUGGCGACUGCAGCCAAAAUAUUCGUGGUGGUGGACCGCAUAAACAGAACAGCAACGAAGGUCUUACAAGAAAAUAAUAAAAGAAGCUGUCAAAAAAGGGCCACCCUGCUCCGAUGCUCGGAUUCAACAGGAAAUACCCUGCAUGCCGGAGCAUAGCGAGCGGUGCGACCGGAGGUCUCAGUGUCCGAGUUUGUCGUGCGUUACGACACACUGAGCGACUCCAGACAACGGCCCCAAGAGCUGAUUGGCUUACUGAACUGCUGUGAGAGCAAAGCUUCUGGAAGAGUUUCAUGCAAAAAACAUGGAGCAGAGUAUGCCUUUCCAAGCAAGCUUGUUUGAUUUGAGUUGAAAUGGAUUGCUUGUUCCACUACAUGCUUGACCCUCGAAGCAGACUGAACAGCCUGAGCGCAAAUUGGAAAGGGUUUCACGUGAGACUCGAUGACG